GUAGUCGGUUUAAUUGGCUUUUGUUUAUGCGAAAAAACCACGCAGUCUAUUUAAAAAGUUUAAAUAGCUGCAGGUUCGCUUGUUUUAAUAAAUAGUGCGAAUCCAUGUCCAAUUAGAACAGACAUGCUGCGCAUUCGUCGACGUUUUGCGCUGCUCAUUUGCUGUGGCUGCCUGCUUAUCUUUCUCAGUCUAUAUGUGAUCCUUAAUUUUGCGGCACCGGCUCCAAAUGCGAAAAAGUCAAAUUAUGUCGCGCUCGAAGGCAAUGUGAAUCAGCUGGAAAAUGGUCUACAGGAGCGUAUUAAACAAAAGCGAAAUUUGCCUGUUAACUUGGCCAAGCAUCCGGCAAAGACAAAAGAUAACGACGAUAUACUUCCCCCACACCUUCUCAACGGACAAGUAGAUGACAGUGGGGAAUGUAUGGAUGUUGUGCGGCAAGUUCCAGAGGUAGACGUACAAAUGCUGGAAAUGUACGACCGAAUGUCUUUUGAGGACAUCGAUGGAGGGGUCUGGAAGCAGGGCUGGAACAUUAAAUAUGAUCACCUCAAGUACAACAGUCAUCAUAAGCUAAAAGUGUUCGUUGUACCUCACUCGCACAAUGAUCCCGGCUGGAUACAGACAUUUGAAGACUAUUAUAAUGCUGACACGAAACACAUUUUGUCAAAUGCUUUGCGCCACCUAACCGAGAAUCCAGAUAUGAAAUUCAUUUGGGCUGAAAUAUCAUAUUUCGAGCGCUUCUAUAAAGACUUGGGAGAGCAUAAGAAACAACAAAUGAAAUUACUUGUGAAGAAGGGCCAACUAGAGUUCGUGACAGGGGGAUGGGUAAUGCCGGACGAGGCCAAUUCACAUUGGCGCAAUGUGCUCCUUCAGCUGACUGAGGGUCAGACGUGGCUAAAGGAAAACUUUAACAUAACUCCCACUUCCUCGUGGGCCAUUGAUCCAUUCGGUCACAGUGCAAGCCUGCCUUAUGUUCUGCAAAGAAGCGGCUUCAAGAAUCUUCUAAUACAGCGUACUCACUACUCGGUGAAGAAGGAGUUGGCUCAGCACCGAAAUCUGGAGUUCUAUUGGCGACAAAUAUGGGAUACACGCGGCACCACAGCUCUUUUCACGCACAUGAUGCCUUUUUACUCCUAUGACAUUCCACACACCUGUGGUCCCGAUCCCAAAGUCUGCUGCCAGUUCGACUUUAAGCGCAUGGGUUCCUUUGGGCUAAGCUGCCCCUGGCGAGUGCCUCCUCGGGCCAUCGAUGACAGCAAUGUGGCUGGACGCUCUGACCUACUGGUGGAUCAGUGGAAGAAGAAAGCGGAAUUGUAUCGUACAAAUGUGCUUCUAGUCCCUCUGGGCGACGAUUUCCGGUACAAGCAGAAUACUGAAUGGGAUGUGCAACGGGUUAACUAUGAAAGGCUCUUCGAGCAUAUCAACGCCCACUCGCCAUUUAAUGUGGAAGCCAAGUUUGGCACACUUCAGGAGUACUUUGAUGCUGUGCAUAGCACGCCUGGCCAGAAUUUUCCUUCGCUCAGUGGCGAUUUCUUCACUUAUGCGGAUCGUGCCGACAACUACUGGAGUGGUUAUUACACCUCACGUCCGUAUCACAAGCGUAUGGAUCGCGUGCUUACACAUUACUUGCGGGCAGCAGAAAUGCUGCAUGCUUGGAAGUCCUGGGACUCACAAGCGGACUUUAGCCAGAAGCUGGAAUUGGCUCGAAGGGAACUAUCCUUAUUUCAGCAUCACGAUGGCAUUACAGGCACCGCCAAAACGCAUGUGGUGAAGGACUAUGAGAUGCGUAUGGUUGAGGCGCUCAAGUCCUGUCAGUUUGUAAUGCAGCAAGCAAUCUAUCGACUGCUGACCAAUCCAUCAAUCUAUAGUCCCGACUUCAAUUUCCACUAUUUUACAUUGGACGACUCACGCUGGCCCGGCGUCGGGGUGGAGGAGAGUCGCACCACCAUCAUACUGGGCGAGGAGCUGCCCACCAAGCAUGUUGUCUUACACAACACGCUGCCACAUUGGAACGAACAACUCGUGGACUUUUACGUAUCCAGUCCAUUUAUAAGCGUUAGCGAUUUAGCAGGGAAUGCUGUUACGGCACAGGUCUCGCCUGUCUGGAGCUGGCACCAUGACACGCUCAGUAAGACUGUCAAUCCACAAGGAUCCACAACUAAAUAUCGUAUAAUAUUCAAGGCACGCGUACCGCCAAUGGGAUUGUUCACCUACUUGCUAACUGUCUCAGAGUCGAAGCCCGCCCACACAUCCUUCGCUUCCCAAUUACUGCUCAACAGCAAUUCGGUUUCGGUGCCUUUGGGCCAAUAUCCGGAAGAGGUCAAGUUUGGUGAGCGUCGUGAGUUUUCUCUACAAGUGGGCACUGGUCCCACCUUGGCAUUCUCCGAGAGUGGAAUGCUAAAAUCAAUGCAGUUAAAUCCGGAUAGUCCCCAUGUGCCUGUCCAUCUGAAGUUUCUUAAGUAUGGCACUCGCUCACAUGGAGAUAAGUCUGGUGCUUAUUUGUUUCUGCCAAAUGGACCUGCGAUGUCUAUGAUGGGUGGUUCACCUGUCGUCCUCGUCAGCGAGGGUAAACUGGAGUCUUAUGUGAGUGUGGGCUUGCCCCAAGUGAUACAUCAGACCAUUUUGCGUGGUGAUGCGCCCGAAAUACGCAACCUGGUGGACAUUGGUGAUAUCGACAACACAGAGGUUGUGAUGCGCGUGCAAACACACAUCGACAGCGGUGACCUCUUCUACACGGACCUGAAUGGUCUGCAGAUAAUCAAGCGCCGCCGAUUAGAUAAGCUACCACUUCAAGGCAACUAUUAUCCAGUGCCAUCGGCAAUUUUCAUUGAGGACGCUGACAUGCGACUGACAUUGCUAACAGGACAGCCGCUGGGCGGUUCCUCGUUGGCACCGGGAGAGCUGGAAAUCAUGCAAGACCGUCGAUUGGCCAGCGACGAUCAACGAGGUCUUGGCCAAGGCGUGCUGGACAAUAAACCAGUUCUACACAUUUAUCGCUUAGUACUUGAAAAGAUCAUAGGCUGUGAACGACCAUCAGAAGCGCAUCCCGGAAGCUACUUAACAAGCGCUGCCCACAAGGCUUCCCAAGCCUUGUUAGAUCCAUUGGAUAAAUUUAUAUAUUCGGAAAAUGAAUGGACGGGGGCACAGGAUGUAUUUGGGAACGAUCAUGUACCUGCCAAUGAGGAAUUGGACGUGGUUGUGAUGCGUCGUCUAUCAAAAAGCACCGCUAAUAUACAGCGUGUAGGAUGUGUCUUACAUCGCACACAGCUGCUGCAAUGCAAUGCGGAGCCCCCAGAAGACAAGUUUAAUGUCUGCAAUGUGCUGCAAAAUGAUGAUCAACCCACCGUUAGCUGCCAUCGCUCCACAUUAACAUUCUUGCAAAUUCUGGAGCAGUUCGAGCGGAAGACAGCAACCGUUCCGUGUCCAAUGGAGACAGAAGCCUACAUUAUCAGUUAUAGCGCCAAGAAUCACAGCUGAACUCAAGAAAAACAUCUUCUAUAUCCUAGCUUAACACAAACUUUAUUUAAUAAUUCAAAAGUUGACCACACAGCAAACAUCAUUCGUAUGUGAAUCUCAAGUUACGUAAAUUUUAAUGUUUUAAUUGACGAAUUAUAAUUGACAAACUCUGUUUUCACAGGUUUUUUUAAUUAUAAAAUUGUAUUAAAUAAUUUUAACUUAUUUUUUGUGUGAUACAUUUUGUGUAGAAUCUCUCGCAAUUUCGAGCCAGGUCAUCAAUUUCUAAUCUAUUGAUACUGGACUAUAUUAAAUUGACUAGAAUUUUAAUGAAUAUAAUAAUUAUAAUAUGUAUUAAAAAUAUAAGCUUAGUCACAGCAAUUUCGAAUGCAAUACUGAAUAGAAAUUGUGGGGUCUAUUCAUCAGGUAAUUCCUUUAAAUAAGAUAAUUUCUUAAUGCAAUCUGUCUACGAUGGUAUAUGUAUGUAAAUCUAGUUGUCAGUUAGAAUCAAGGCUCGAAGUCUUAUCCCACAUUUUUGAGAUUUUCUGCCCUUGGUUAUAAUAACACAACAUAGUUAAUAAAAAUAAUAUAUAUCUAAUUAA